UCGAAGCUAUGUCUCGCAAACAACAAUCAAUAAAAUGGAGUUGAGAUCCUUCUUCUUCUCCUUCUCCUCUUCCUCUCCAUCAUCCCCUUCUUCUUCUUCUCCUUCUCCUUCUCCUCCGCCCGCCUUCUCUCCGGUGAUGCCGAGCAUCUCCAGGCGCCCCGCCUGAGAGCGAAUCCCAAGACCAUUUCUUGUGCGAGAGAGAGAGAGAGAGAGAGAGAGAGAGAGAGAGAGAGAUCUAUUCAUUGUUGUUCGCGUUUGAUCUAAUGGCGUAUAGGGCGGAUGAUGACUAUGAUUAUCUCUUCAAGGUGGUGUUGAUUGGGGACUCCGGCGUUGGGAAAUCCAAUCUUCUAUCCAGAUUCACACGCAAUGAGUUCAGCCUUGAGUCUAAAUCCACCAUCGGCGUUGAGUUUGCCACGCGGAGCAUCCAUGUUGAUGAUAAGGUCGUCAAGGCCCAGAUCUGGGAUACCGCUGGUCAAGAAAGGUACCGAGCCAUAACAAGCGCUUAUUAUCGUGGGGCUGUUGGUGCGCUCCUUGUCUAUGAUGUCACUCGUCAUGUCACAUUUGAGAAUGUGGAGAGAUGGCUGAAGGAGCUGAGGGAUCACACAGACUCUAACAUUGUGAUCAUGCUUGUUGGUAACAAGGCUGACUUGCGCCACUUGAGAGCAGUGUCCACUGAGGAUGCCACAGCUUUCGCCGAGAGAGAAAACACCUUCUUCAUGGAGACAUCUGCCCUGGAAUCACUAAAUGUGGAGAAGGCCUUCACUGAAGUGCUUACCCAGAUCUAUCGCGUGGCCAGCCGGAAGGCACUUGAUGUCGGUGAUGAUCCCGCAGCUCUGCCAAAGGGGCAGACAAUCAAUGUUGGUGGCAAGGAUGAUGUAUCUGCUGUGAAAAAAGCUGGUUGCUGUUCAGCUUAGUUCCAUAUUUGAAGGACACCAGUUCUUACAAUCUUCAGAUAGCGGUUUUGAUAGUAUUUUUUUGGUUGAAUUUGCUGGAAUUUCACCCUGUUAAAGUUGUUCUACUUCUCUGAACAGUGUGGUAGUUAGUUUAGCACAACUUAUGUGGCAUAUACUUUUUCUUGCUUCAGAUUGUACCGAGUAACAAUGUUCUUUUCUUUUCACUCUUUUUUGUUCAGUUGAUUGUUUGUUCUUGUUUCA